UUAAUUUUACAUUCGUUAUUCACCACCUGGAAAGUUCACACGUAUCUAUUAGUUUUUACUAUCACCACUCGUAAAACUGCAGCUUAACUCUUCCCAGUACUAUUCUACACACCUUUGCUGUUAUCUUAUCGGAAUAUUUAUUUAUCAUACAUUUUAUAGAGCUAGAUGAUUAAAUUAUUUUUGAGACAUCGUCCCCAAUUAAAUGCUUCCAACAACGUUUAGCAAAGAUGCAAUGAAAAACAUCUAAAAUGAAUGUAAUCGGUGUGAUUUUAAUCUCGUUUUUAAUUAAUGUCACUUCGUCACAAAUACUGCUCCAAUUUCAGAAGUUAUGUGAAGAUGCCAGUGAAAAUUGCGAAACGUGCAUUCAAGCUCAAACAUACUGCCAUUGGUGUUAUCAAGCGAAUUUUCAUAAACCAAGAUGUGGUUUAUUAUCAGUAUUAAAAUCUCAAGACUGCGAGAGUAAUUUUAUCGUUGAAAAUCCUGGAAACUCAUCGGCAUUGGAAAUCGAAGACAAAGAUUUUAAUGACGUUACCAAUCCCGAUAAUAUUUAUGAGUCAGUUCAAAUAAGGCCACAGAAAAUGAAGAUUAAAUUAAGGAAAGGUCAGCCGUUCACAUUCCAAUUAAAGUACAGACUAGCCAAAAAUUAUCCUUUGGAUCUUUAUUACUUAAUGGAUUUGACGUAUACAAUGGAACAGGAUGUCGAAACCAUGACUAAGUUGGGUGCUGAGUUGACAAAACUCCUCCAAGAACUCACCGAACACUACAGUGUUGCAUUUGGUUAUUAUUCUGAUAAAGUAGCAAUGCCUUUUGCGCUAAUGACUCCCAAUGCUCUCAAUAACCCAUGUGUUUCACUUGCACGAUCGUGUAGAAAACCGUUCGAUUUCAUACACAGGCUCAAUUUUACCAAUGAUAUCGAUAAAUUCAUCAAAACGAUAGAAUUGAGUAAAACAACGGCAAAUUUGGAUAAUUUAGAAGGUGGAUUUGAUGCACUGUAUCAGAUUAUGGUAUGCCAAGAAUACAUAAAAUGGAGACAAAAUUCCAGGAAAAUUGUGGUGGUAGCAACUGAUGGAAUAAUUCAUUCAGCUGGGGAUGGUAUUCUGGCAGGAGCAGUCAAAAAAGUACCAGACAAAUGCUCCCUUGAUGACAAUGGAGUAUACUCUGGUUCACUCAUAUACGACUACCCAUCUUUAGAAGAAAUUUACAGGAAGCUCUUGGAUGCAAAGAUGAAUGUAUUGUUCGCUUCUAAAGCUCAAACUUUGCCCUAUUUCCGACGAUUGAGCAAUGCGAUACCGGAAGUUACGUAUGUGGGAGAGCUAAAGGAAAAGUCAGAGAACGUGUUAAAUUUGGUCAGAGAGGGAUACUUUCACGUGGUGAAAAACGUCAAGUUUUUAACACAAUCGGACAAUAUUGACGUGAAAUUCAUGUCCAGUUGCAACAAACCAGUAUUCCUUAACCAAUGGAAUGUGACAGAUACUUGCGACAAUGUCGACCAAGGACGAGAAUACAUUUUCAAUGUCACUUUGGAACUGAAGAACUUACCAAGUAAUAAAUUGGGAGAAACACUUGUAAUAGAAGAGCAGAAUAUAGCUGAAAAUUUGACAAUCGAGAUAGAAUAUAUUGGGAAAUGUACUUGCAAUUCUGAAUUGGACGGUCGUACAACAGAAUGCUCCAAUAAUGGUGUAAAAUACUGCGGGGUAUGCCUGUGCAAUGAAGGCUGGAGGGGAAAAGAAUGUGAAGAAAGCUGCAUAAAACAAAAUUACGAUGCAUGCAGAGAAAAGAACAAUACGUUUAUUUCAACUACAUGCCAUGGCAGAGGAGACUGCGAAUGUGGAAAAUGCAUUUGCGACACAGGUUUUGUAGGAAGCUUCUGUCAGUACAAGGAAUGUCCAAAAGGAGAAAAUGGUUUAGUGUGUAGCGGUGAUUUCAAUGGAUUUUGCUACAAUGGGGAAUGUACUUGUUUACCGGAAUAUGGAGGUGACGACUGCUCCUGCUUACUGUCCCAAGAGUUCUGCAUGGCUCCCAACGACAAAGAAGUUUGUAGUGGAAUUGGGUUCUGCAAAUGUGGAAAAUGUCAAUGUCCAGAAUCUUAUAAAGGAACCUAUUGUGAAAAAUGUUCCAAUUGCACGGGAUUAUGUUCCACCUUCCAGGAAUGCGUUAUAGCCGCUAGUUCCGAGAUCAAUGCCAAAGAAGCUUGCACUCUUAAAGACGGAACUGUAUACACAACCAAUUUCGUAAACGAAGAAAUUAAAGAUGACACCAAAUGCUUCACGCAGUAUUUGCAAGAAGAGAACAAUUUGGUCUGUACAAUGGACUAUGUUUACGAGAUAAGAAGAGACCACAUCGUCAACAUCGACAUUUAUCGUCACAAAUGCGUAGCAGGUGCAAAUAAAUUAAGACAAGCCUCGAUCUUUGGAAGUAUAAUAGUAGCAUCAAUUUUGGGUCUUGGAUUGAUGGCCGUGGUUUUGUAUAAAAUGAAUAUAAGAAGGAAAGAGAGAAUAGAGUAUCAAAGGUUCGAACGCGAACUUGCUGAAGGGACCAUGAGGCACGGAGAAAAUCCGCUAUAUAAUUCACCCAUUAGGGUAUAUCAAAUGCCAAUGGAACUUCGAAACAUAAAUAGAAAAGAAAAUUGAAUCUUCAGCCACUAAGUUUUUGGUGGGUUCUAUUUAUUGAGGAAAACGAAGAUAUAGAUAUGGAAAAAGUCUUUUUUACUUGUUUUUCUAUGAAGAUUAAAUGCAAUUGUUUCGUAAUUUUAUAUUUGUUAACUUACCUUUCAUAUAGCACAAUAAACAAUUUAUUUUA